AUGAGAGAAAUUGGAAGAGAGAAAAGUGAAUAUAAGAGGUCUAAUUUAUCAGCUGGUCUUAAACGAAAAUCAAUUGGAUCUUUUCCGAUAAUUAAUGGACAAUCAAGAUCACCUUCAACUAGUCCGCGACAUGAAGGCUUGAUAUCUAAUUCAUUAUUAUCAACAACCUCCACACCGCAGACUCCGGCAACCUUAUCGAACUGCUCAAAAUCGCCUUCACCUAUUCCUCCAUCUCCAACAUUACCACCUCAAAAGUCAGCAUCUGAGGGACGUAAAGCUGCCUUGUCUUUGAAGCUUUUCGAUUCAUCCUUGAGUGAAAUCAGUUCCUCAGUUUCAUCAACGCACAUUGAUCAAUCCGGAACUGAAUAUUUUAGUGUUCCGAUAUACUCCUCAAAUAAGCAAACAAAAAAUCCAGAAUCUCAUACUAUCACUUCAAAUAACCAUGAUUACGACGAAAAAGAUUCGCUAAAACCCGAAUCGCCACGAUCAGUUCCAUUAACACCAUUUGCUAAUCAGGUUGGAGGUCACACUUCUAUCUUCCGAUUCUCGGAGAAAGCUGUGUGCAAGCCAUUAUGUCGACAAGAAAAUCUAUUCUAUGAAACAUUGGAAACGCAGCAUCCGGAAUUAUUACCGUAUGUCCCUAAAUACCUUGGUGUUUUGAAUGUCACGUACAAAUCUCGAUUUCCAGAAGUUGUGAUCGAACAGAACAAACACAUACUACCGAGAUGGAUGUUUAAUAAUGAAAAUAAAGAUGAGAAGAAAUGGCUUAAUGAAGGAUUACGUGGAUCAACCAGUGUCAACACUGAAUUGAAGGAAGAGGUACUCAGUGAAGCAUUAUCUCCAAAAAUGUGUCAAGUGCGUGCUUUACAAAAAGAACCAUUUGUAAAGCGACGACAUUCUGCGGACUCACUCGCAAAGUCGAAGAAUGAUUCAAAGGAGACAUCACGUAGCUUCACAGAAAUUAACACCUCUGGUAAGACCAAAAAACCUCGAUCUUGCUUCGAAUCAGAAGAAAACUGUGACACGAUACCUCAAGAAUCUGAAUUUUGGGAAACGAACAAUCCAUGGUCACUACAUUGUCUCUCAAAAGCAAAUGCUCAAGAAAAAUUAGAACAAUUCAUACUUUUAGAAGAUCUUACGGGUGGAUUGAAAUAUCCUUGUGUAUUAGAUCUUAAGAUGGGCACUCGACAAUUUGGGAUUGAUGCCACGCCCAGUAAAAGAGAGAGCCAGAUGAACAAGUGUGCAAAAACUACUAGCAAAACCUUGGGUGUAUAUAAGACGACAGAGAAAGCAUUUGAAUUUACGGAUAAAUAUCAAGGAAGAAAAUUAAAUGCGUCUUCUUUCCGUGAAGCUCUAGGUGAAUUUCUGAACAAUGGACAAGGAAUUCUAGUGCAUCAUGUACCAACCAUAAUACAUAAACUACGCAAUCUUGCUAGGAUUAUUCGCGGAUUAGGCGGAUACCGAUUCUAUGCCAGCAGUCUUCUACUCAUCUAUGACGGAGACACACGAAACUCGCGAGACAUAGAUAUAAGAUUAAUUGACUUCGCACAUUGUACGACUGGAAAUGACUAUUCAAAAGAAGAAUAUCGCUACCCACCCACAAAUCCUUCUUCCUUCGAUAUUGGAUAUAUGUUUGGACUGAAAAAUCUGAUAAAAGCAUUCGCGUCGAUAUAUUAUUGUCAUACUGGAGUAAAGCUGGACGAAAAAGACACGGUGUUCGCCGGAAUAUCUUUUUCUGAUGAAUUAGAGUGA